ACUAAACAUUACAGCCGGCAGUAAAACAAAGCAAACCUCCGGGUGUACCUCCCUGCGACUGAACAAGGGCUGCGUUUCUACAGUCAGGUAUCAAAGCGGAACGGCAGUUGGAGACUUUGAGCAAUCCAAAACGCACCUCGCAGAACUUACUUUGGAAGCAUUUAGUGUGACGUGGUGAAUCUUAGGCGAGUCUGCCACUCACAAUUCAUCAACCUAUUUCUAAAACGACAAGUCAUCGUUACUAUAUAGUAAAGAUGGUUCUUUUGAGGAGGACUUCUAAAUUCCUAUUUCUGUCCAUUUUGAUUCUGAGCACUGGAGCCUACCUGUACAUCAGCUACAACAGUGAAAAUCUGUCAUUAAAGAAAAUGGUGUCUGGUUCAUCCGCUAGCUAUAGGGAAAGGGCUUCAUCACCGUCAUCAUCAUCUGUUGACACAGACGAAAGGGAAACUUGGGAAAACUUAGCUGAAGCGGAGAAGGAACAGUCCCGAAGAAUAACUCUGCUUAACACAUACUGUGAGAGGAACUUUCCAAAGAGGGCAUCGAAAACUAGCCGAAACAACCACAUAUUCGUUUUUGACAAGAUCAAAACCGUCUACUGCUAUAUCCCCAAAACCGGGUGUACAACAAUGAAAUUGUUACUUUACAAUCUGGAGCACAAUGCAACUGAACGGUUGUUAUGGGGUUUUAGAAAAGUUGACUGGUUACCUGGUAACGAUAAAAGUAACCAACCUGGCGAACAUGAUGUUGAGUGGAUACACCAACAACCUUUUAAAUCAUUGGCGGACUACAGCGAAGAAGAAGUCAGUCUGCGUCUUGCGACCUACAAAAAGAUCAUCGUUGUUCGCGACCCUUUGGAGAGGUUGGCGUCUGCAUGGUUCGACAAGUUCGUUAUUACUCCGGAACGUGUCGGAGAAUAUGCGUUUGUUAAUCGCAUGAGGCGUGGUUUAGACAGCUUAGAAGAUCGCACCCUGAUAGACGAGUUAAGUAAAAUAAACGAAGAAAGGACAGACAACGACCCAAAACGAGUGUCGUUCCGAGAGUUUCUCUUUGCCGUUUCGCAUCGAAUAGAGGAAAGUCAGCACUGGUUAUCAUUCGACAGGCUAUGUACACCAUGCAAGAUUGACUACGACUUUGUUGCCCACACGGACACAAUUGCUUUGGACAUUCGACUCUUCUUAAAGCAGAACAACAUCACAGCCAAUGAAGACGUCCUCCCAAUACAUCAGUCGAGAAACGUGAACAAUGGCAAUGUUUUCAAAGACUUCUACGGCCGAGUCCCGACGGAUGAAAUUUUGCCACUACAGAAGGUCUUUCAGAAGGACUUUGAUAUGUUCGGAUACUCUUUCGAGGAAGAUUUGGCCAAAAAAAAUUAAAACCAUCCAGUUGGUUCUCGAUUUUUUUCUUUGGUGAUGCAAGACUGUUAGACAAUA